UUUGGAUGAUAAUGGUGGUGGUGGACGAUUGUCAUCUUCCGCCGCCAUAGAUGAUACUUUUGAGAUUUUAGGGUUUAAUUAACCUUGUUCACUGAUAUCAUGUAGAGAAGGUUUUGGCUAAAACUCUUGCCUUUGUUUAUUGCAUUACUUCCAUUAUAUUGAAUACAAAACGGUUCUCAAUAUGGAAAAGAUUGAGAUAAUAGCAAAAGAUUACAAGAAAAGAUAUGGAAAAUAAAAAUAAUUCCUAUAAUCAAGCAUAUGAUUUGGGUGAUUAUUCUAUAUUCCUAACAAAAACGCAAGUAGAUUCGGUCCACAGUCUCGAAUUCAUCGUCAAUUAAUUGGUCCACAGUCUCCAUUAUCACCCAGCAAUUCCUUGUUCUCCUAGCUCUGAACAAAACGCAAGAUUUGAUUCCAAUUCAUUCUCAAGGCUCGAAUCUUUUCAUCAUCAAUUCACAACUCUGUUCAUUCAAUAGGAAUUUCUAUUCGAGCUGGAGUAUUUGCUGCUGGUAUAUGUGAUUUUGUAACUCUCGUAGUAUCUGUGAAUGCAUCAGGGUUCUUAAAAUUAGAUAAAUCAAUAACAUGAAGAAAUUGAAAAUCUGGAAAAAACCAACUACUUCGAAAAAGAUGCAUUCUGAGUUGGCAAGUGAGUUGGGUAAUGUUAGUGUAGAUGAGGUGGAGGUCGAUACAUCUGAUGUGGCACAUGAGUUAGUGGAUGAGUUGGAAACACCAAAUGUAGAUGUUGUUGUUGGGGAAAUGGGACCACCAAACACAUGUACGGGUUAUAAAGAAUGUGUAAAUGCUAACCCUAGAUGGGACCACCAAUUUGUCGUUAGGCCUUAAGUUUCCUUCGAUAUAUGUGUUUAGAAAAGCAUUAAGGUACCAUGCUGUUGAAUGUGGUUACAAUUAUUAUUACUUGCAUAAUGGUAGAAGUAGGAUAACCGUGUAUUGCUACAAUAGAUGUGAUUGUCUGAAAUCGAAAGCUAGAAUUAUAAAUUGUGUUUGUGUCAAGGAUAAGAAGUGUUAUUUUAAGGUUCAUGCUAAGAAGUUGAAAGAUGAGAAGACACUUCAAAUAAGGAGUUAUAUUCCCGAGCACACUUGUGGUCACCAACACAUUAAUAACAAAGUCACUGCGUUGUAUUUAGCUGAGAAAUACAUAGAGGAUUGGAGGGAAAAUCCAAAUUGGGAUUUAAGGGCAUUUAUGAAACGGGUUAAUAGAGAAUUAGGUUGUGAAGUGAAGUAUUCUAAGUGUUACAUGGCUAAAAGAAUUGCUAAGAAAUUGAUCGUUGGUGAUGCUAGUGAAGAGUAUAGUAGGGUGUGGGAUUAUGCUGAAGCGAUAAGGAGGUUUAACCCAGGAAGCACUGCAAUCGUGAAAUGCAUUGGAAUAGACACACCUCCACCCUUGUUUCAAAGGAUGUAUAUAUGUUUGCCAGCAUGUAAGGAGGGUUUUGUUGCUGGAUGUAGGCCUAUUAUAGGUGUGGAUGGGGCACAUUUGAAGGGAGAAUUCCCUGGGGUUUUGCUGACUACUGUAGGUAAGGAUGGGAACAAUAACAUCUUCCCUAUUGCAUGGGCUGUGGUUGAAACCGAAAAUGUAGAAACCUGGACUUGGUUUCUAAAUCUCCUCGUAGAAGACCUGAAGUCGGUUAGUCCAUCGAGUAGUUGUGCACGAGCUGGAUGUGAAGGUUUUACCUUCAUGAGCGAUAGGCAAAAGGGUUUGAUUGAAGCUUUGAAUUCAGUAGUUCCUGAAGCUGAAAUAAGGUUCUGUUGUAAGCAUAUUUGGGCUAAUUUCAAGAUCAAGUUUCCUAGAGAGUUGUACAAACAACACUUUUGGAGAGCAGCAAGAGCUUACAACAAGUUUCAUUUUGAUAAGGAAAUGAUUGCAAUAAAGAAUAUUUCUGUUGAGGCACAUGAAUAUCUAUCUGCUAUUCCUGCUAAACAUUGGUCUAGGCAUGCCUUUUGUAGUAGGAGUAAGUCCGGAAUGUUGUUAAAUAAUAUUUGUGAGUCAUUCAACAACGUGUUAGUAGAAGCUAGGGGGAAGCCCAUUAUAUCUCUUAUGGAGUGGAUUAGGAGAUAUGUGAUGCAAAGGAGUGCAGCCAAACGAGAGGGGUUGGGUAAAUUUAAAGGUGUGUUGAUGCCAGCUAUAACCAAAACGAUUGAAAAAAAUUCAAAAGAAAUAUAUGGUUUGAGGGUAAUCCCAGUAGAUGUGUUUGAAUUUGAGGUGGAUGAUGAUGAAAAAAGUUACGUCGUAAACUUGACCAAUAAGACAUGCCUUUGUGGAAGUUGGAAUCUUAUUGGGAUCCCUUGAAAACAUGCCAUGGCUUGUAUUGUUAUUAGAAAAUUAGAUGCUAGUGAAUUUGUCCAUGAGGCGUAUCUUGUAGAAACGUAUGCCAAGACGUAUGGUCCUAAGUUUUACGGUAUGCCUGGACGCGAUAUGUGGCCGACAACUACAUUAGCCCAACCUCUUCCUCCACCAUUUCGAAAGAUGCCGGGAAGGCCUAAAUUAAGGAAAAGGAAAAAGGAAACUGAUGAAGGUAAAGGAGGUAAGAAGCCUGCAACUGCUGUUCGAGAAUACAAGAAACGGAGAUGUGGUAAUUGUGGUGAGUUAGGUCACUACAAAAAGGGAUGCACGAAUCCAACCAAACCACAGUCUACAAAGAUGAGGUCAAAGGGUGGAAGGCCUAAAACGGGAUCAUCUUGUACUCAACUGUCCACACCAAGUGACAUGCCUUGCUCCAGUAGUGAUCAACUUAUGACAAGUGCAACAGAUGCAAGUACUACAUAUGUAAUGGAUGAACAAAGUCAAGUAUAGAGCUUCAAAAGUAUGUGUUGAAUGUAAUUUGUCUAUUUAAUGUAAGAAAUGUAUUAGUGUAUCAAAUGAACUCAAGAAUGUACUAUCGUGAACUAGAUGUAAUCAAAACAGUAUAUGUUGAAUGUAAUUGAAGUUGAGUAAUGUUCU